CACAAUGGCUUCCCGGAGGUCUGCCUUGGCCUCGCAAACCGAAAUCUCCGGGAACGACCCUCUCCGCGAGCUGUUCGAGGCCUGCCGGAAUGGAGACCUAGUGCGGGUGAAGAAGCUCGUCAAUCCGCCAAAUGUGAACGCCAGAGACACGGCAGGGAGGAAGUCUUCGCCCUUGCACUUCGCAGCAGGUUUUGGUCGGAGAGAUGUGGUGGAGCAUUUGCUGAAUCUCGGAGCGGCCGUCGGAGCGCGUGACGACGGUGGACUAAUUCCCCUCCACAACGCCUGUUCCUUCGGUCACGCGGAGGUUGUUUCACUGCUGCUCAAGCACGGGGCCGACCCCAACGCACGCGACAACUGGAACUACACGCCCCUCCACGAAGCUGCUUCCAAGUCCAAGUUUGAUGUUUGCAUAGUUCUUCUUCAAAACGGAGCGGAUCCAAGCAUCCGCAACACAGACGGCAAGACGGCGCUGGAUUUGGCAGAUACCUAUGCUCGCUCUGUGCUCACAGGGGAGUACAAAAAAGAGGAGCUGCUCGAGGCCGCCAGAGCAGGCAACGAAGAGCGUCUGCUGGCCCUUCUGACUCCCCUCAACGUCAACUGCCAUGCCUCAGAUGGCCGUAAGUCCACCCCUUUGCAUCUGGCAGCGGGCUACAAUCGCACGGAGAUUGUAACAAUACUGCUUCAGCAUGGAGCGGAUGUCCACGCAAAGGACAAAGGUGGCCUGGUUCCUCUCCACAAUGCCUGUUCCUAUGGCCACUUUGAGGUGACGGAACUUCUCAUCAAGCAUGGGGCCAACGUGAAUGCCAUGGACCUGUGGCAGUUCACGCCCCUGCACGAAGCUGCCUCAAAGUCACGGGUGGAGGUGUGCUCCCUCCUCCUGGCCCACGGUGCUGAUCCUACACUGCUCAAUUGCCACUCCAAGUCUGCUAUUGAUGUUGCCCCCACCAGGGAGCUCCAAGAAAGACUCUCCUAUGAGUAUAAGGGCCACAGUCUGUUGGAAGCGUGUCGGCAAGCUGAUUCCACAAGGCUAAAAAAGUUACUCUCGGCAGAUGUUGUCAAUUUUAAGCACCCGUACACAGGAGAUACUCCCCUUCACUGUGCGGUGAGUUCAAGCAGCGGCAAAAGACGUGGGGUGGUGGAGGCGCUGCUGAGGAAGGGCGCACCACUUCAGGAGAAGAACAAGGACUUCCUCACCCCACUCCACUUAUCUGCCGACAAGGGACAUUAUGAUAUAAUGGAACUCUUACUCAAGCAUGGGUCCAAGGUCAACGCACUAGACAGCUUAGGUCAAACCGCUCUACAUCGAGCUGGUAGAGACGGGGAUGUUCAGGCGUGUCGGGUAUUGCUACAGUAUGGUGUUGACCCCACAAUCAUCUCACUUCAAGGUUACACUGCCACACAACUUGCAACAGAACCUGUGCAAAGGCUACUCCAUGCACUUCAGCCUCUAAAGAGAGACUCUCGCCCUGCAGAAGACCCACCUGGGCCAGGUGUGGACAGUGAGCAGCAGCUUCUCGAGGCCUCAAAGUCCGGCGACAUUGAGUGUGUCCGGCGCAUCCUCACUGCUCAGCCUUACCUGGUCAAUGUGAGAGACCUAGAUGGAAGACAUUCCACACCCCUCCACUUCGCUGCAGGCUAUAACCGCGUCCCAAUUGUGGAGUACUUGUUGCAACAUGGGGCGGAUGUUCAUGCUAAAGAUAAAGGUGGCUUGGUUCCCCUCCACAAUGCUUGUUCAUAUGGUCACUAUGAGGUUACGGAAUUGCUGGUGAGGCAUGGAGCCUGUGUCAAUGUGGCAGAUCUCUGGAAAUUUACGCCAUUACACGAAGCUGCUGCCAAGGGAAAAUAUGACAUUGUGAAGCUGUUGUUAAAGCACGGGGCCGAUGUCAACAGGAAGAACCGCGACGGUCACACAGCCCUCGACCUGGUGAAGGAGAGCGAUCAGGAUGUGGCCGACCUCCUGCGGGGCGAUGCAGCCCUCCUCGAUGCAGCCAAGAAGGGCAACCUGGCCAGGGUACAGAAGCUGCUCAACCCCGAGAACAUCAACUGCAGGGAUUCGCAGGAGGGCCAAACUCCACUGCACUUAGCCACUGCAGAUGACGUACGAAGCUUGCUGCAAGAUGCAAUGAUGAGUCAGCCAGCCUUGGCGCCAGCUGCAGGUGGGGCUGCUCCUCCCCCCGUGUCCCCUGCCUCCCCAAAGCCCCCUGGCACGCCCUCCAAGAGUGCCUCGCAAUCUACAGUGUCCCCUGCACCUUCACUCAUAUCCAUCAAUAACAUUGGAGCUGAGGUGGAGACAGUCAUGAUGCCUUCAGGAGCAAGCUUGACUUUUACCCCAGUCAUGUGUUCCUCGCCGGGCAUUGGGGAUGGUUGCUGCGACCACUCCCGAUGUGAGACCACACCAGACACUACAGUCAACAUGAGCAUUGCUUCAUUUCUUAACAGUCUGGGUCUGGAGCACCUGAGAGAUAUCUUUGAGAGGGAAGACAUCACACUUGAUAUCCUAGCGGAGAUGGGGCAUGAGGAGCUGAAGACCAUUGGCAUCAAUGCUUAUGGCCACCGUCACAAGCUACUCAAGGGCAUCGAGAAACUUCUUAGUCAACACAAUGGAUUACUAGGCAGCGCUUGCAGUAGCAGUGGAGGUGCAAAUGGUUCGUCACAGGGCACACUGCUGGUCGAUCUUUGCCGGGAGGAUCGUGAGUUCAUAGCAGUGGAUGAGGAGAUGCAGGCGACUAUCCGAGAGCACCGGGACAAUGGCCACGCAGGAGGGGUCUUUUCCAAGUACAAUGUUGUCAAGAUCCAGAAAAUAAGGAAUAAACGCUUAUGGGAGCGCUAUGCACAUAGGCGUAGAGAAGUUGCUGAAGACAACAGUGGUCAGUCCAAUGAGAGAAUGCUUUUCCAUGGAUCUCCGUUUAUCUCUGCCAUUGUGCAGAAAGGCUUUGAUGAAAGACAUGCAUAUAUUGGUGGCAUGUUUGGAGCAGGUAUUUACUUUGCUGAGCAUUCCUCUAAGAGCAAUCAGUAUGUAUAUGGCAUUGUUGGUGGCAAUGGAUUACUAGGCAGCGCUUGCAGUAGCAGUGGAGGUGCAAAUGGUUCGUCACAGGGCACACUGCUGGUCGAUCUUUGCCGGGAGGAUCGUGAGUUCAUAGCAGUGGACGAGGAGAUGCAGGCGACUAUCCGAGAGCACCGGGACAAUGGCCACGCAGGAGGGGUCUUUUCCAAGUACAAUGUUGUCAAGAUCCAGAAAAUAAGGAAUAAACGCUUAUGGGAGCGCUAUGCACAUAGGCGUAGAGAAGUUGCUGAAGACAACAGUGGUCAGUCCAAUGAGAGAAUGCUUUUCCAUGGAUCUCCGUUUAUCUCUGCCAUUGUGCAGAAAGGCUUUGAUGAAAGACAUGCAUAUAUUGGUGGCAUGUUUGGAGCAGGUAUUUACUUUGCUGAGCAUUCCUCUAAGAGCAAUCAGUAUGUAUAUGGCAUUGGUGGUGGCACUGGCUGCCCAGUACACAAGGACCGUUCCUGUUAUUCCUGUUAUAGACAAUUACUGCUGUGUCGAGUUACGCUUGGUAAGUCAUUCCUGCAGUUCUCAGCGAUGAAGAUGGCCCACGCUCCUCCAGGACACCACUCUGUUGUUGGAAGGCCCAGUGCUGGUGGGCUCUGCUACCCUGAAUAUGUGGUGUACAGAGGGGAACAGGCAUACCCUGAGUACCUCAUCACAUACCAGAUUGUCAAGCCAGAGGAGGCGGGACCGAAAGAGGACGGUGCCCGGGACAACGACUGACCAGACUCUCCCAGUUUUAACGUGUCGGGGAUUCAUCAGCAUCCUCCUCGUCUUCCUCCUCUUCCUCCUGCCUCUUCGGUAUAAGGAGGACAUCAUUGGUCUCUUAGGAGUGUGGGGGUUGGGUGAGAGGGGGGAGGAAGGGAGGGGGGAAGCUGAGAAAGAAUAUUGUCUGUUGUGUUGAUUGUCAGAGGAAGUGAGAAACAGACGCUUUGUAAGAGAGAGGGACUUGGGUUGUCUUUUUCUGUUCUCUGUUUUCUUCUUUCGUCGUCAUCUUCUACUUCUGUUUAUUUUUUUCCUUUUUUUUUUUACGCAUAUUUGCAUUAUCGUAUCGUAUUUGUUUCCCCCUCCGUCUGCUUUCGAAACUGGUUGUGAAGAGAUUUUUUUUUUUUUUCUCUUUUUUAAUUUGCAGCAAAGAAGGGAGGAUCUCCAAAUAUGUACCUCGCAUGUAGCUGCACUAUUGGAGGUGAAAAAAAAAAGGGGGGGGGAAUCAAGAAAUUACAAAGAAAUUUUAAUGAAAGGGGAAGACAAAGGUCAAAGAAAUUUAUGUAUGUAUCUAAUAUAAUGCGCCUCUGACUGCUUUAAGGUGGAUAUUUCAAGAAAGGGAAGCUUUGAAAGUGGGAUGGGGGGAACACUCUAAAAUGACCCCCCCCUCCCUCCCCUCCCCUCCCACGU